UUGUCAGCCGGGCUUUAUGGCCUUCGAAGUCAUGUCUCCUCACGCGAUCCCUCUCCAGCUGCGGCUAUCUUCUCAGAUCAGCCAGAACUAGACCAGCAGCCAAGUCGAGCACUGGAGGCCUCAUCGCCUAGGGUUGACCACCUCUGCACCUACGUCACUUGUCCCGUGGAGUCCAUCGGCUCGAUGCCCUCUUCGAACGGCCAGCUGAGAUUUCCCAUCAGGACCCCUAUGGAGGCUAACUGCCGUCUUGGCCGCAGCCUGGUGACGCCCAUUGUAGAAGAAGCCAUCUCUCCGGAGUGGAACUUUGGCUGCUGGGUGAUGCUACCGCGGAGGUUGUUUGUUGACCCCAAGGCCGAGGCGAUUCCAGCUAAGACCGGUUAA